AUGUAUCUCACAUACAUCACCCUCGUUACCCUCCUCUCACUCGCUUCAGCCGCAGUACACUUCCCCCGCGACGGCACUCCCACCACCCUCACAGCCGCCGCAGCCAUCAAUGCCGUGGCUACCCCUUCUCCAAUCCAGCCCGGCAUGACCAGCAACUGUGACUCCUUCCACCUAGUAUCCAGCACCGACACCUGCGUCACCAUUGCCUCCAGCGCCGGUAUCACACUUGCCAACUUCUACUCAUGGAAUCCGGGUGUUGGCUCCGGCUGCGACACUCUCUGGCUGGGGUACUAUGUCUGUACCGGAGUGAGUGACACUACCACCACUACAACCACAUCUACGACUACCACCUCCACCACUACGAGUGUUACCACUCCAUUGCCCACUCAAUCGGGGAUGGUGAGUAACUGCGAUGCCUUCUAUCUGGUUGCCUCUGGGGAUACCUGUACGACAGUGGCGCAGAAGAAGAGUGUGUCAGUGACGGAUAUUAUCGCUUGGAACCCGGCAGUGGGGACGGGUUGUACUAAUUUGUGGUUGGGAUAUUACAUAUGUGUGGGGGUGUUGUAA